GUAAAAAUGAUUUUUGCUACAGUAUAUCAUUGUUAUAAGGUUGAUUAAAACAGCAUUAUUUUUCAGGUCAAAAUGAAUAAUUUCUUAAAACUUUUGCAACCUCUUAAAAGCCUUUCUGCUGUUUUCUCCUCAACUUAUAAAGGUACUAUUUCCGCUAUUAUGAAACCACCUGUAAUUUCUACUACAAAAUUUUUACAUACACCAGCAAAUACAUUUGCCACUCCUUUGCUUAAAGCAGCUGUUUCCUACACCCAGAUACAAAAAAGACAGUUGUAUAAUUAUAGAAAACCCAGUGAGGAUAAACAACUAUAUUACAUACAUUAUGCUAAACCAAAAAUCAAAACAAAGCGGCGUCAUCCAAUUGACAGUCACCCACAGAUGAAAGGAGUUGUUCUAAAAACAUUAGUCAAAAAGCCAAAGAAACCAAAUUCGGCAAAUAGAAAGUGUGUAUUAGUCCGCCUUUCCAAUGGUAAAGAAGCUACAGCCUAUAUCCCAGGAGAAGGUCACAAUUUACAAGAGCAUAAUGUAGUUCUUGUUCGGUUUGGUCGAGUUAAAGACGUCCCAGGUUUGAGACUAAAAGUUGUUAGAGGCAAAUAUGAUUGCAGCCAUGUUGUGAAAAAAACUAGUACCAUGCGAACAUAAGUUAGUUAUGUUUACAAUCUUUUAUUCUGUAUCAAAAAAUAAAGUUAGUUAACUUUA